AUGUUGCAACAUCGCGCGGAAUGCUUCUUUAGCUGCUUCUCCUUCUCCUGCUUCUCCUUCGCCUUCUCCUACUUCUUCUUCAUUGGAGGCUGGUGCAGCUUAGACGCAUUGCAUCACCUGCUCCUCCUCCUGAUGAUCGUCACUCUGUCGGUGGUGCAGGCUGUACUCUCGCCCCCGCCCGGCUACGAUGACGACGGCUCCGCGCAGCUGCAGCUGCGCCUGGAGCAUCUGGAACGGGAACGCGAGCAAGAGUUGGAUGUGAAUCGGCCGCCGUUGCUGCCCAAUCACUACGAGUGGCGGCCGGGCGUGGCGGCCAGUGUGCCGCCCAGCUAUGUGCAGGAUGCCGCCCAGCGAGAGCGCCAACUGGAGGCGCUGCGUCAGCUGCAGCGGCAGCAUCAGCAGCUGAGCGCAGGCUAUGCGUUUCCCGCGCACCUGCCGGCGAGCGUAUUUUAUGUCGGACCCACAGCAGCCACGCCCACAACAACGACAGCGACAGCGACGGCAGCAACAGAAACAACAGCAGCAGCCGCAGCCGCAGCAAGCUCCGCGAGACUCCUGAAGCCCAUUGUGCCCUAUGAUCUGGAUCUGCAGCUGAAUGGCAUUCAGUAUGUGGGGAGCAAUGCCCUGCCACUGCCUCGACCACAGCGGCCGACCUUUGUUUACGGCUAUACGCAACCGCCGCCGUCCAGACUGUACGCCGCCCGACCGCCGCCAGGACUGGGACAGGGACUGGGAUUGGGAUUGGGAUUGCAACAAUCGAAGCAGUUCGCCUAUGCACCGCUGCCGCAGCGCAGCUACGCCACUGGGCAUCGCAUACCCCUGCCGUAUCCGCCCAGCUUCAUCAGCAUCACGACGCGACGGCCCUCGGGCCACGGGCAUGGGAGCCACCAUGGAGAGCAGCCCUUCCGGCCCUCGCAGCCGGAUCCCACGCCCGAUCUGUUUGCCGGACGUGCGUCCAAGUCGCUGCUGGACUCGUACAUACCCAGCUGGGAGGUGUUGCGGCUGCUACAGCAGACCCAGCCACAUCCACAUCCACAUCCGUACAGCAGUCAUGGUCCGGUGCAGCGGCAUACCCUGGCCUACCCCGUCGUCUCACGCCAGCUGAGGCUGGUCAAGCGGGGCUCCGAGGGGCAGACUGAGAGCGUGAAGAAGUCGCUGCAAGCGAAUGUUUAG